AUGCAGCACAAUCAGCAGCAUCCCCAGCAAUUCAAUCAUCACGGCCAACAGCAUCAGCAGGGCCAUCAAUUCCCUCCUCAGCAUCAGCGGCUCGGAGGUCACCAGCAGCAACCUCAGAGCUUCAACAUGAUGCAGCCUGCCCCUGGUAACUACCAUCCCCAAAUGCAGAUGCAGAUGCAGAUGCCUCCUUCACAGGCCCCGUACCCUGGCGGACCGCCGCGUCGUCCCCGCAUCUUUGCGCAGUCGUUCAACCAGGAGAACAAUCUGCCUCAGCAGCAGUUCUUCGGACAGCCUCAGUCGCAGUCGCAAGCUCCUCAGCAGCACUUUGGACAGCAGUCGCGGUCGCAAGUUGCCCAUCCUCAGCAACAGCGUGGUCAAGUCUUCAACAACCACCCUCAGCAAGCCAUGCAUCAUCAGCAGGCUAUGCGGCCUCAGCAAGCUCAAACUCCCCAGCAGCACAAUGGUCAAGUCUUCCACCGUACCCCUCAGCAGUCGCCGUCGCCGUCGCAAGUUGCUCCCCAGCAGCACUUCGGCCAGCAGUCGCAGUCGCAAGUCCAUCCUCAACAGCAGAAUGGUCAAGUCUUCAACCACCCUCGGCAAGCCCAAGCUCCUCAGCAGCAGCAGCAGCGCUUCCAUCACCCCCAGCAGCAGGCUAUGCACCCCCAGCAGCAAGCCAUGUUUCAUCAGGCGCAGGCGCAGAUGAACUUCCAGCAGCAGCAGCGGCAGCAGCAGGGCGUUGCCGCUGACCCUAACCUCACCUCCAACGAUCCCAUGAUGAACUCGCUGGGCAGCGACUCGAACAUUGAUAACUUUGACCUUGGCGACUUCGAGGUCGACAACGUUGACUUCGGUGACGCUGAUCUGAGCAACUUUGACUUCAACGAUUUUGGCGGCGGCAAUCUCCAGGGUCAGCAGCAGCAGUCGCAGAACGUCAUCUCUCAGAAUGCCGUCAAUUGGCCAUCCGAGAAUUUGGUCCAGAGCCAGGCGUCGCAUGCUGCGAACCAUGGUCGCAACAAUUCGUUAGUGUCCUUGAUGACUCCGAGCCCGUCUGUCGAUAACUCGUAUGGUGGUGCUUUCGUCAAUUCCUCUCCUGCCGACAAUUCCUUCAACACUUCCAUCACCACUCCCGCAGCGACUCCGAAGAAUUCUUUCUGCAGCUUUUCUCCUGCCAACAAUGUUCACAACUCCCCGAACACCAGUCCUGUCGCCGAGUCGUCUAACUCAUCUGCCGACUUUCCCGUUGAUGACCCCUUCAAUAAUCAGCCGUCGCAAGUUGCCAACCAUAGCCGUGCCAACUCGUCAGUGGCUUUGACUCCCCCUCAUCCUCCUGCCGACAACUCGUAUGGCCAGGCCGGCGACAAUAACGUCAGUCUCGAUCAGGCCUUGCUCGACGCCUUCAACAACAGUCCCGAGUUGCCCAGCUCUUUCACCAAUGAUGCCUCUUCCAACUCUCCCGGCCAGGCUUCUCACAACUCUGCCAACACCAAUACCGUCGCGGAUGCGCCCAACACUUCCACCGACAGUGCCGCAGAGGACUUCUCAGCUGGCUCUCCCUCGGGAAAUACACUCAACUCUUUUGACUCCGCUCCCGUCCAGGACUCCUCAGCUGGCUUUGAUGUCCAAGUUGCCGACAACAACUUUAGUGACAACAACUUGGGUGACUUGUCGGGAUCUUUUGUUCCUGCGAGCGAGAACCAACAUAGCCUGGUUGAUCUCACAGAUGACAACGUCGCCUUUGGCCAGGGAAUGCAGAUUGCCAACAAUGGCCAGGUCGAUCCCUUCACCUCAUUUGCCUCGCCAGCUGAGAAUCACCAGCAGCAGGCUUUCAACUUCGCACAAGAGCACCAGUUCAAUGCACACCAGCAGCAAGCCUUCUUCAACGCACCGGGUGUUCAGUCUGACCAGCAAUACGGCUCGCCUCAGAUCCCUAGCAACCCAUUGCCUGCUGAACAAACCCCCACUCCCGCGGCCAAGACGUCGACCAGGAAGAAGGCAGCUUUGCCCAAGAAGCCUGCCGCCAAGCGUCCUGCUGCAAAGCGAACGAGAAAGACCAAGGCUCCUGCUAACAACGAGCCGUCUGAGGAUGUUGACGAUGGUGCUAUCGGCGAUGCGGACGACAACGAGUAUCUCUGGGGAGCUGAGCUUCAACCCAAUGAGUAUUCGUAUGAUCUCGAUGACUCCCUUCGCACCUUUAGCGAUUCGGUUCCCCAGAGGAAUGUAUCCACCAUGAACGGUAAUCUGCCGCUGCCUGCUCUUGCUGACAAUGGCAUCGCUCCUGCCAACGAGUUUAUCGCGCCCGCCAAUAAUUUCGAGAACGGCACUCUUAUCGCGCCCCAUCCAGGCAACACUUACAUUGCUCCUGCCAGCAAUGGCAUCGAGAACGAUCCUAUCGCCCAAGUGCUCGACCGGUUCAACGAGGAACAAGCCCGACUCCAGGCCAUGGCGCAGCAGACUCAACAGGUAAGCAUCGCAAUUUCCCACAUCCUCGACAGGUUGACCAACACAGACCAGAAACCGCAAUUGACCAUCGAUGUGAACCUUCAGGCCCCGGCCAGGAGCCCUCCCAACAAGCGAAAGCGUGGCAACACGGCUAGCACACCAGCCGUCCAGGAAACCGCCCCGGCGCCCAAGAGGAGAAGAGUCGCGAAACCGAGGGCCAAGGCGAAGGGCAGUCUGUCCAAGUCGGCCUCCUCCGCCAAGUUCGGUCUCGGCAAGGGCGCAGGUACCGGUCUGAACUCCCCCAGGACCAUGUACGUCUUUGACGAGAAAGCCUUCUACUUGAUCCCCGCCAGUAUCAUGCCGGCCUUCCUCAAUUUCGUCAAUACCCCCAUAGAGAGACCGAUCGAACAGCAACCACCUGCUCCUAUAGCAUGGACUGCAACCUCUCUGACAACACAACAACAACAACAACAACAGCCUGUCGUUCAGCAGCAGGAUUUCUCUCAGCAACAGCCUGCUCCUGUUGAGCAGCAGUUCUCCACCGAGCAACAGCAGUCUUUCGAUCAACAGCUGCCUGCUCCUGUUUUGCAACAGGAUACAUUCCAACAGGAUGACUGGGAGCCUGCAUACGACGUCGAGGGUCGCCUCCUCACCCUGCUCCAAGACGACGAAGCCAACGAGCAAAACAUGUGGAAUGAUGACGACGCUUCCCCCUCGUCUCUCCGUCAACCCGUCCCCCUAAGCGAAGCAGCGAUCGCGUUUGGCAUCACCAACCCCUCGACCUUACACAGCCAGGCGUCCACGUCGCCUGUUCAAAACCCACCGCAUGCCUCCUCGUCACCUGCCCCUGCCCCUCCUGCCUUUGGCCCUGGAUCCGAGUUCCCAUUUUCCCGAAAGCCAAAGCCCUUCGGCAGCGACCUCGACAAAAACGGCGCCGUCAUCCUCGACCCGAACCCCGAGCGCAGCUACCGUAGUGUGCCUAACAACCGCGAGAUCAUCGAGAAGUUCAGCUUGGCUCCGAUAGGCCGCGGCACCGAGCGCGACGUGAGCCAUCUCGACUACUUUAUCGACCUGGCCCGCCGCAGCGGCUUGCUCACUUGCGGCGGCGAUCACGAGGAGAUCCCCGGCGCUUUCCGCUGGGAGUCGUGGAAGACUGCCGAGGAGAAUCUGCUAGCGCUGCGUCCGUUUCUGGGCACUUAUAGCACCAGGGAUUGGUUCACUCAGUGGGAGGCAAAGGAGAACCCGAUUCAGAUUGCUGAGCGGGAGGAGGAGGAUGUGUAG